AUGCCAGCCACCUCGCUAGGCGCCUCCUCCCCGGCCUCCGGCAGUCCCAGGGCCACUCCGACCGAGGGUGCCAGCCCACCUGCCCCGAGCACCAGUGUGCCGCCCCCGCACCCGACCCCCGCGGGGACUGCCCCCAGUGACACCUCCAGCCAGCCUGUCGCCACGGAGGGGCCCUCUCCGCCGUCAGUCACGUCCUCCGCCACGCCCAGCAGCACCCUCUAUGCUCCCGCCUCCACCGCCUCGACUCCCGUGGCCACCCAUAGCCUGACCUCGUCCACGGGGGUCGCCACUCCCAGGGACACCGCAGCCCCGGCCACCUCUCUCACGGCCCCUCUGGCCUCGGCCUCCGCUGCCCACACCACCAGGGCUGCUAGCACCCUCCUGGUGACCACACCCGUGCCCACGGCACCGUCCAGGGCCCCGGUCCUCACCUCCUCCACCGUCGGCUCCCCCGGGAGCACCCUCACGUCCGCAUUCACCUCACCCCUCCCGGCCUCCGCCACGCUGCACACAUCCACGACUCUCCCUCCCUCCUCGGUCAGGACGGGAGCCCCCAGCUCCAUGCCCGCCACCACCGAGGCCACAUCCACCGGCCCCGCGGGUCCAUCCACCGCCACCUCCACCGCCACCGUGGACCUCGGCUCCACACUCGCCCUGGCCAGCGCCUCAGCCACACCCACAGCCCCGGCCACGGCCUCGGCCACGCCCAUGCCCACGCCCGCGGCCACGCCCACCACCGGGAUCAUCUCCUCCGGCCCCAGCACCCACCACACACACAGCACCUCCCCUGUCCAGGCAACCUCGGCCAGCACGCCGGCCGCCCCCUCCAUCUUCACCACUCCCCGCAGCACGGCGACUCCCUUCCACUCCAGCACCAUGCCAGCCACCUCGCUAGGCGCCUCCUCCCCGGCCUCCGGCAGUCCCAGGGCCACUCCGACCGAGGGUGCCAGCCCACCUGCCCCGAGCACCAGUGUGCCGCCCCCGCACCCGACCCCCGCGGGGACUGCCCCCAGUGACACCUCCAGCCAGCCUGUCGCCACGGAGGGGCCCUCUCCGCCGUCAGUCACGUCCUCCGCCACGCCCAGCAGCACCCUCUAUGCUCCCGCCUCCACCGCCUCGACUCCCGUGGCCACCCAUAGCCUGACCUCGUCCACGGGGGUGCCUCGCUCCCCUCCACCUGCCCCCAGCACAGAGCCCGCCUCCGCCUCCACCCCGAACACCAGCCCUCUGCCCACCGACACCACCACACUCCCCACCACCCACACCACGGCCGGCCCCUCGCCUCCCGCCAGCACUCCCACCGGGUCCACCACGCAGGUCGCCACUCCCAGGGACACCGCAGCCCCGGCCACCUCUCUCACGGCCCCUCUGGCCUCGGCCUCCGCUGCCCACACCACCAGGGCUGCUAGCACCCUCCUGGUGACCACACCCGUGCCCACGGCACCGUCCAGGGCCCCGGUCCUCACCUCCUCCACCGUCGGCUCCCCCGGGAGCACCCUCACGUCCGCAUUCACCUCACCCCUCCCGGCCUCCGCCACGCUGCACACAUCCACGACUCUCCCUCCCUCCUCGGUCGCCACUCCCAGGGACACCGCAGCCCCGGCCACCUCUCUCACGGCCCCUCUGGCCUCGGCCUCCGCUGCCCACACCACCAGGGCUGCUAGCACCCUCCUGGUGACCACACCCGUGCCCACGGCACCGUCCAGGGCCCCGGUCCUCACCUCCUCCACCGUCGGCUCCCCCGGGAGCACCCUCACGUCCGCAUUCACCUCACCCCUCCCGGCCUCCGCCACGCUGCACACAUCCACGACUCUCCCUCCCUCCUCGGUCAGGACGGGAGCCCCCAGCUCCACGCCCGCCACCACCGAGGCCACAUCCACCGGCCCCGCGGGUCCAUCCACCGCCACCUCCACCGCCACCGUGGACCUCGGCUCCACACUCGCCCUGGCCAGCACCUCAGCCACACCCACAGCCCCGGCCACGGCCUCGGCCACGCCCAUGCCCACGCCCGCGGCCACGCCCACCACCGGGAUCAUCUCCUCCGGCCCCAGCACCCACCACACACACAGCACCUCCCCUGUCCAGGCAACCUCGGCCAGCACGCCGGCCGCCCCCUCCAUCUUCACCACUCCCCGUAGCACGGCGACUCCCUUCCACUCCAGCACCAUGCCAGCCACCUCGCUAGGCGCCUCCUCCCCGGCCUCCGGCAGUCCCAGGGCCACUCCGACCGAGGGUGCCAGCCCACCUGCCCCAAGCACCAGUGUGCCGCCCCCGCACCCGACCCCCGCGGGGACUGCCCCCAGUGACACCUCCAGCCAGCCUUUCGCCACGGAGGGGCCCUCUCCGCCGUCAGUCACGUCCUCCGCCACGCCCAGCAGCACCCUCUAUGCUCCCGCCUCCACCGCCUCGACUCCCGUGGCCACCCAUAGCCUGACCUCGUCCACGGGGGUCGCCACUCCCAGGGACACCGCAGCCCCGGCCACCUCUCUCACGGCCCCUCUGGCCUCGGCCUCCGCUGCCCACACCACCAGGGCUGCUAGCACCCUCCUGGUGACCACACCCGUGCCCACGGCACCGUCCAGGGCCCCGGUCCUCACCUCCUCCACCGUCGGCUCCCCCGGGAGCACCCUCACGUCCGCAUUCACCUCACCCCUCCCGGCCUCCGCCACGCUGCACACAUCCACGACUCUCCCUCCCUCCUCGGUCAGGACGGGAGCCCCCAGCUCCAUGCCCGCCACCACCGAGGCCACAUCCACCGGCCCCGCGGGUCCAUCCACCGCCACCUCCACCGCCACCGUGGACCUCGGCUCCACACUCGCCCUGGCCAGCGCCUCAGCCACACCCACAGCCCCGGCCACGGCCUCGGCCACGCCCAUGCCCACGCCCGCGGCCACGCCCACCACCGGGAUCAUCUCCUCCGGCCCCAGCACCCACCACACACACAGCACCUCCCCUGUCCAGGCAACCUCGGCCAGCACGCCGGCCGCCCCCUCCAUCUUCACCACUCCCCGCAGCACGGCGACUCCCUUCCACUCCAGCACCAUGCCAGCCACCUCGCUAGGCGCCUCCUCCCCGGCCUCCGGCAGUCCCAGGGCCACUCCGACCGAGGGUGCCAGCCCACCUGCCCCGAGCACCAGUGUGCCGCCCCCCGCACCCGACCCCCGCGGGGACUGCCCCCAGUGA